CGCAUAUUCAAUUUCUAACCUUGUUCAUAAUAUAGAAUAUACUCGACAUCGUCACUGCUCAACAAAUCUAUAUAUCAUACUAGACAAUAUUUCACGAAUUGAUCGCAUAUUCAAUUUCUAACAUUGUUCUUUAUGUAACUCAAAGUUGAAAGACUCUUUUAACUCUUGCCGUGUAACUAUAAAAUCAAUUCAAAUUAAGGAUAGCCCGUAAUUAGUUUAGUUGUUAGGUUUUAAAAAUAGUUGGGGAUAAGGAAUAAUUUUUUUUACUAUUUCAUAGUGUUUAAAUAGAACAAGAAAUGAGUUGCAACCUAGAGUAUAUGUUUAAUAAUAGUAGUGUCCUAUGUUCGAACAACACAAACUACCAUUUAUAUUUAUUUUAAUCUUACACAAACUACUAUCAAGAGUAGUGUAAUCAUUUUGUUCAAAUUUAAGGGUGUUCCGGAUUACCAAUUAUAACUUUUUUCGAUACGAAACUAUAACCGGGGAUUAGAUAAUCGUUAUUCCCCGGACACCACUAAAUAUCCAUGUAUCCGCCACUUAACUGUACUGCACAACCUUUUUUAUAUAUAUAAAUAAAUGUCUCAUCAUUCUCUCUCAGUCCUGUUUCUGUUCCUAUUUAUAUACAUUUCUUAUAAUUUCUUCUGCAUCUUCUUUUUCCUUUGUCACCCAAUUCAUCAAUGCACUAGUGAUGUCUCCCCUCCUUUACUUCUUCAUUCUUUCUCUCAAUCCACACUGUUAAAAUCAAGUGACUGAGUCUGCUGGGAGAGCUUGCCAACCUAUUUAGACAACUUGACAGUGUCACCUAUUAUAACUAACUAAUAAAGCUUCUGACUUCUUCUCAAAGAAACAAAGUCAAGCUUUUUUGACAGAAGAAGAGAAAUUUUACAUGCAUGUAAUCAAUGUUAUAGUAAAAAUCUGUAAUAUAGCAAUUGAAACGAUAUAAUAACCUCAAAGGGUUGGUCUAGUGAUAAUGCGGGUAAUGAUAAAUUUCUCUAUGCAAUGGAAUUAAUAGGAGAAUAAAUGUGAAAUGAGAGUGGUCGGUAAGUAGUAAUCAAUAUAUGACAAAUCUCUCAAAGCUCGCUGAUAGAAAAUACAGCUAGCUAUACACUCUUCGUCGUAGGCCACAUUUAAACCCCUUUCAUUUUCAUUUCCAUGUCCAUUUUCUUUCUUUCCUCGUUAUAGUGAUGGCAAUGAGACGAGACGAAAUUAAUAGGAGAAUAAAUGUGAAAGGAGAGUGGUGGGUAAGUAGUAAUCUCCCCAUCUAUAAACCUCUUCUCCCUCACUCCCUUCCUUGCUCAUCACACAAGCACAAUGGAGUUCAUCUUCUCCAGCCUGAAACACUUAGUUGUAGAAACCCUCAUCCCCAUCUCCCCAACCUUCCAAACCCUACAGUACUACCUCGUCAAACACCCACGCGUCCACAACUUCGAAUGGCACCAAGGCCAAACCUUCGGCUCCUCCAUCACCUUCCUAACCCUAACCAUCCUCCUCUACCUCACCCUCGCCUUCCUCCUCUCCCGCCGCCACACCACCACCUCCCCUUCCACCACCGCCACCGUCCCUCCCCUCCUCCUCCGCCUCCUCACCGCCGCCCACAACGCCUUCCUCCUCUCCCUCUCCGCAGCCAUGGCCGCCGGCUGCGGCCUCUCCAUCCUCACCGUCCUCCCGGACGUCGACCACCUCAUCUGCUUCCCUCCCAACACCCGGCCCAAAGGCCCGCUCUUCUUCUGGACCAACGUCUACUACCUCUCCAAGAUCUACGAGUACGUAGACACCUUGCUCAUCGCCCUAAGCUCCUCCGCCUCCCGCCGCCUCUCCUUCCUCCACGUGUACCACCACGCCUCCGUCGUCUUCAUGUGCUACGUCUCCCUCCACACGGCGCAGUCCAUGUACCCGGCCGUCGUCGUCGCCAACUCGGCCGUCCACGUCAUCAUGUACCUGUACUACUUGAUGUGCUCGUUGGGGAAGCGGCCCACGUGGAAGAAGGUCGUCACCGACACCCAGAUCGUACAGUUCUACUCCGGCUACGGGAUCAUGGCUCUCAUCUUCUACCGCCACUUCACCGGCCCGGGCUGCUCCGGGGUCUUGGGGUGGUGCUUCGACGCCGUGUUCAUCUCCUCGCUUCUCUACCUGUUCCUCGACUUCCAUGCCAAGACUUACGGGGCCGGGAUGGCGGCGAAGAAGGUGAAUGGGGAUGGAGUUGACGACUUCGCCGCCAAUAAGCCGCUCAAGCAAGCUUAGGUGAAGGUUUCCCCUGCCGGUUGAGCAGGAGCACAUGAAUUAAAUUUAUUACUACGGGUUUAAUUUGCAUGGAGGGAGGGGUCAAUUAAUGAUUAAUCUUAUAUAAUAAAAAAUGAUUAAUCAGUACGUGUCAGUAAUUAGUGGCUUUGAUUCCGUGUAUUGGUAGUCAAUAUUUGUAAUGUUUAAUUUUCGGUUUAUUCUGUAAUGUAUGUAAACUUUGUUAUUUUUCUACACUAUGUUUGUAAUGUUCUUUAUGUUUAAAAAAUAAUUUGAUUGACUUUUGGAUGAAACUCAUCUAUAUAGAGAUGGUGUCUCCAAAGUCAGCCCGGUUGUUUUUCAUUUUAUAUGGUUUGUAUUGUUUGACGAUCUAGUUUGUAUUGUUUGAACAAUUUGUAUGUUUUGUAUUAUUUUUUCAAUUUACUCUUUGUUGCUAGAAGUUAUUGCAAUUUUCCUUUUGGAUUUUGUCGUAAUCGGACCGCUCAAUUAGUACGAUAUUGUUCGUUUUGGGCCAAAGCUCGCACGGUUUUACUCUUGGGUGUCCUCCCCAAAAGACCUCGUACUAAUUGGGCUAGGUGGACACUAAUAUACAAGGGUCCAUUCCCUUGUAUUAUCGAUGUGGUACUUGGAUUGCCCUCAUAACAAUUCUCCCCUCAAGCCAAGGACCACGAACUUUUUGUGUCCUCUCCUCAGCGAUUUUCAUGAUCCGCCAUACACCUUGUAUCGAUGGGCUUCUAGGUACAAGGACUUUACCAGACACAUACCUCUCUUCGAUCUGCUUCCCAAAUGCGGAACUCUCUUUGAUCCGCCAAGCCCAAACGUGGAUCUCUAUUGGAUCCACCAAACCAGACGCAGAUCUCAAAUCCCGAGGUCACCGAAUGAGGGUUCCGGACGCAGAUCUCAAAUUCCGAGGUCACCGAAUGAGGGUUCCACCAAACUGACGUCCACCGUCCCGAACCGAGCCAUGCUCUGAUACCACUUGUCGAAAUCGUGCCGGUGAAUUAGUACGAUAUUGUCCGCUUUGGGCCAAGCCCGCACGGUUUUACUCUUGGGUGUCCUCCCCAAAAGGCCUCGUAGUAAUUGGGCUAGGUGGACACUAAUAUACAAGGGUCCAUUCCCUUGUAUUACCAAUUUGGUACUUGGAUUGCCCUCAUAACAGAUUUCUUUUUGAUUUCUCCGUCAUAAAAAACAUCUUCUCUACACAACUUCAUCUUCACCAUCAAUAGUCUCUUAGCUUCCUUCUUCUCCUGCCUUUUAUUGAAAACCACUUUAAUUGUAAAAAGUUUGAAAAUGUGAAACAUCUUUUCACUACGCUAGAAUUCACCUCAUGUAAAUCAAAUAUUUCAACCAUUCGCUUUUUCCUCCUAUCACAGAUAUUUCUAUAUCAACCAUCAAUAAUCUCUUUCUUUAUCUCAAUAACGACCUUAUCUCCAUCUCUGAAUUCACUACCUCUGAUAUUAGCAUAUUCUUCUUUCUUUUCCUACAUUUCAUUGAUGCAAAAAUUUAACGGCAAAAUUUUUUGAAUUAUGAAAACUCCAUUUUCAAGAACAUAAAUUUAACAUGUACAUGCCAUGAACUUUGCGCGAGAUUGCACUUCUUCAUUCUUCAUUAUCUUCAAAACUGUGUACCGACUCAUGGGGUUCGCUAUGUUGUAAUUUAUGAGCUUCAUACAGAAAUUUAUCUUCGUGCUCUGUUUGUAUGAGAUGAGAAGGUGAAUGUUAUCUUAUUUUGUCACUAUCUUUGAGUAGUUUCUCAACUAUCAUUCCAAAAAGUCUAGCUUCCUCGUGAUACAAAGUUAGAUUAAACAAAUAUUGUCUAUAGCUCACAACUAAUCCUGAAUCUAUAAAAUAACAACAAUUGAGAUAUAUUAUUUGGUUGAAAAUUUUAUAUUUUAGUGGGUAUGUUGUUUUCUCACUAAUGAAUGAACUUGAAGUUA